AUGGUGGCAGCUACAGUGAUGGGUCCCAUGAACUACGACGAGGAACUUGAGUACCGCAGACGCAUAAAGGACCCGACGUUCAACGUCCCAGUUGACGAAGAAGGGAUCAACAAAUAUGGACAGCUGUGUGAUGAAUCUGAAGUGAGGAUACAGAAUUGUUCAAACGGUGGAACGUGUUUCAAAGUUGUUGACGUGCCCUACAGAAGGUCGCUCGUCUGCAGGUGUCACAACAAUUUCACCGGAGACUUGUGCCAGAGAACGAAAGGUGGUUUGAUUGAACAAACUGAAUUUCAAAAUCCGGACUUGAAAAUGAAUGAUGUACAAGAGCCAUGUUCCAAAUGGGAGGACGACAUUAUCAAAUGCAGAAACAAUGGAACGUGCAGCAAGAUACAGAGAGGCAUGAUGAUCCCAAAGCGACGAAAAGUUGUUAAAAAAGAUUUAAAUCUUUCCAAAUUGGAAGCCUCAAAAGUUGAUGAAUUAGUUACGUCUGGAAAUGCAGAGCACCCCGAGGUUUGUGAAAGCGACGGUGGUGAUGUGCACGGAUUAAACACAUCUGUUGACCCUGGCGUCAAUUCUCGCGAUAAUUUUCGCGAUAAUCCUUUAGAAACAAGUUUUAAGACAAAAAUGAAAUACGAUGAGACGGAUCGUGAUGAAUUUUGGAAGGAUAUGGAGCGGGAAUUAAAAGAAGAAUGCCGUAUCGCUGCUUGCGUCACCAAAAUACGGAAGGAAAUAGACAAAGGAAAUGACGUUCCUGAAUUGUAUGUUGGUAAAAUAUGGACACAAGUCAAACCAAAGUUAUGUUCUUACCGUAAUUCACGCAUAAAACCGCAAAGGAAUGUUCAGAAAAAUUCAUCGUCGAUAUUCAGACCUAUGUACGAUGUUACUAAAAGAUUAAAACUGGUAGAAUCUAUAAGCCUGCAUGAUUGGGAUGAUGGAGUGAAAAAAUUAAAAUAUCUGAAACAGUAUCAACGCAAACGCGUAACCACAAAUGAACUGGAACUCAACGAAACAAAUAUGGACAUCAGCGUUGGAAUCAGUAGUGACUGCAAUGUCGAAAACGUGACAUAUGAAGUUUCACAACCAGCAUAUUCAAGCAAUAAAAAAGCCGAAACUGACCAAGCUAAAAAAAGAAAUCCAAAUGACAAUACCAAAAGUGAAGCAUAUAGUAAGAACAAAAGUUGCAAUUUAAAGGACAACAAAGAUAUCCUCAGUGAUUGGAGGAACGAACAGGCAGACCUUCUGUUAUCCUACCUUGAAAAAGAAAUCUUGGGUACAGACACGUGCGAAGCUGCAUCCACUGGUAACUUCAGUCGGUCGCACAAUUUAAGACAGCGGUCUACAAUCGCCGACAAAAACGAAAUUGGCGGACACAAAUAUUAA